AUGCACGCCCCACAGACAAUCAAGCCGAGACCCCCCGGGGCAGCCAGGCAGUCAAGCAGACCCCGCGAUGCAACACCCCGUCCCCCACCAUGCCCAAGGAAAAGACACCAGCCUAACAAGCAGAAGGGCGGCAAAGAAAGGCCACAGCACGCACAGCAAAGAGGCCGCACUCCCCCCCUGAGAUGCAGAACAACCAACAUCCAUGCCAUCCAUGACAGAGCCAAGCCAAGCUGUGGUUCCCCCCGAGCCAACGCCACAGCAACACCACACCUUCUUCCAUACAUCGGUAGGGGCACGGUGGAGACCACCAACCCCAAGCACACACCACCCACCAGGAACCCUCCAGCAGACAAGCAAACCCCACCUCAGCAUAAGACCGAGAGGCCCGAUGCAACCGCUGAGCCCAGCGAAGCCUGUCCUGCCGUACAAAACACAGAGGCCAGAGCCGCCGCGCACAGGACCACCACCCCGACACCACAGCACACCAAACAGCGGAGGACAGCACACAGUAAUGAGCACCCAAAGCGGAAGCCAUGCACAAGGCCCACACCAUGCAAGUGCGCCCCACCAGCCCUCCAAAAACAAAGCCCCCUGCAAAAGUGCACCCACGUGAGAAGAAGACCCAUAGCAUCCAGGUCCAAGAACCUGGAUCCAGCUCCGCCCUGGAGGAUCUGCGCUUGA